AUGGCGAAGUCAGAGGAGGACGAGGAUGGCUAUGGUCUGGUCACAUGCCGUGACAUGGGGGAUGGGGACGAGGAGGCAUUCGACUUCGAAGACGACGGCGAGGACCAUGCAUGGUGGAAGGAAGAGGAGGAGGACGAGUGGAAAGAGGAGCUCAACGAGGAGAUGAAGUACGAAGAGCAGGAUCAGAGCCGGUGGAAUGGGUGGUACAGCGUGAAGCGGGAGGGCAAUGCUGGCUAUGGUGGCUGGGGCUCUGGUUGGGCAAAGCGACAGAAGGCUUCCUGGAGCAGCUGGCAGCC